CCAAGUUACAGGCUACCCUACAUUAAAGGAAAAUUUAACGAUGAUAAGUGCUUUAUAUGUCGAGAUGAUUUUAAUGAAAGAGUUUAUUUGUGGAAAAUUCCUUGCGGACAUAUUUAUCAUUUCCAAUGUAUGAAAACCUGUCUGAGGUACAGUAGAGUUUGUCCGUACUGUCGGACUGAA